CCAUCUUUGUCCAGGGCAGCCGGGCGGGAGCGCGGUUGCCCCGCUCUAAAGUGGCGGCGGUGGCGAGGAGAAGGAGGAGGAGGAAGAAGAGGAGGAGGAGGACGACGAAGAGGAAGAGCAGGGAGGAGGAGGCGGCGUCUGUCGGGGCCCUGCGGGGCGAGCUGAGCCGGAGCGCUGGCCGGUCCGGGAGGAGAGCGCGGCCUCCGGGCAGGAAGGUGACGUCUUGAAGAGAAGAAUCUGCCAAGUCUACAAGGAAUCAGAAGCCAGCAUGAGGAAGAUCACCUGGAUCCACAGCAAAUCCACAGAUCUUCUCCCGCGGCGGGUUCACUGACGGAGGCCGCCAGCCAUGGAGGACAAGCGCAACAUCCAGAUCAUCGAGUGGGAACACCUGGACAAGAAGAAGUUCUAUGUCUUCGGGGUGUGCAUGACGAUGAUAAUCCGCAUCAGCGUCUACCCUUUCACCCUGAUACGGACACGGCUGCAGGUCCAGAGGGGGAAGAGCCUCUACAAUGGGACCUUUGAUGCCUUUGUCAAAAUCCUGCGGGCCGAAGGGGCACCCGGGCUCUAUCGGGGCUUCCUGGUCAACACCUUCACCCUCAUCUCCGGUCAGUGCUACGUGACCACCUACGAGCUCACCCGCAAGUACGUUUCGCAGUACAGCAGCAGCAACACCAUCAAGUCGCUGGUGGCCGGUGGUUCGGCCUCCCUGGUGGCGCAGAGCAUCACGGUGCCCAUCGACGUGAUCUCCCAGCACCUGAUGAUGCAGCGCACGGGCAACAGCAUGGGCCGUUUCCGCGUGCAGGCCCACGAGGGCAUGCGGUUCCCCGUCUUCGGCCAAACCCGGGACAUCAUCGCCCAGAUCUUCAAGGCCGACGGCCUGAGGGGCUUCUACAGGGGCUACGUGGCCUCCCUCCUUACCUACAUUCCCAACAGUGCUGUCUGGUGGCCCUUCUACCACUUCUACGCAGAACAGCUCUCCAGCCUGACCCCCAGGGACUGCCCCCACCUGCUCCUCCAAGCCAUCUCCGGCCCCAUGGCGGCUGCCACCGCUUCCACCCUGACUAACCCCAUGGACGUCAUCCGGGCACGUGUGCAGGUGGGGGGCAAGAACUCCAUCCUCCUGACCUUCAAGCAGCUGAUCGCCGAGGAGGGUCCCUGGGGGCUCACCAAAGGCCUCUCCGCUCGCAUCAUCUCAGCCACCCCCUCCACCAUCGUCAUCGUGGUCGGCUACGAGACGCUGAAGAAGCUCAGCCUGCGUCCGGAGCUGGUGGACUCUCGGCACUGGUAGGCAAGCCGGAAGGGAGACUUCCCUUUCUGAAAGCCUUCGGACCACCUCCUUGACGAGGCAUUACUGCACCAUCCCUGCUACGGACUCUGCUCCGAGACCCCCGUCCCAACCCAGCGCUGGCCUGGCCCCGCCAGAGGAUCGCCUCUGCGUAAACCUGAAUUCCUGCAUUAUUGGGAGAAUCACUUUUCCUCCUCUAUCCUGCUGCUUGGAAAGGACCCAUCGGGCACAGCCACACACAUCACGUUGGAAAGCGGUAAUGCGGUCUAGAAAAUUCUUUGCCUUUGAAUGCUUCCGAAAAGGGUUUUUUUUUUUUCUUAACCGAAUAUUUGAGAAAGAAGGGGGUGCACCAAACACCAGGAAUUAUUUUUAUAGCCUUUCUUUCAGAACUUGGUGUGAUCUGUACAUAGAGAUGUCUCCUUAUUUUGCAUAAACUUGGAAGCCGUUUUUUUGAUCUUCUGUCUCUGAAGAGUAGGAUUUUUGUUUAUAUGUUUCCAAUUGUGUCAACGGUGAUUGAAGGGAAGUUCCCUUCUGGUCUGUACAGUUGUGCUGCCCAACUGCAUUUGUGUGUGUGUGUGUGUGUGUGUGUGUGUGAGAGAGAGAGAGAGAGAGAGCGCUAGCUUCUGGGCAGGGGGAUUAAAACCCACCCAGGGAGAGAUGUGCACUUUAUCCUCCUGGAUUUCCCUCGUGUGAGUGUAGACAAAAGGAAAAAAAAAAAUAACCAGAUCCCUCUCGUAAUAGUCUCCUCCUUACCCUGAGCACACAGAGAAAUGUGAUGGUUGUUUAUUGGGGGCUACAUUUGAAAGGCAAGGCUGAAAAAAACCUAGGCUAAUGCUACUUUUGGUCGUCGUGUAAGUGGGACUGUCUGAAUCACCGAAUGAAUAUUUCAUUUAACGUGUGGGACGGGGGGGUUGGGAAGGAAGGGAUCUGGGUUUUUGGGAAGAGAACUCCUUUGAAGCCUAACUCCGAGGGAAGAGCGGCUGCUCCCUUGGGCUGGGCCAGCUGGGCUCCACCGUGCAGCCUUUUCCAAGGCCCAGCAGCAUCGGUGGACUCCGUCCUGCCCUCUUGCCACCAUUUGUAUGCUGCGACUCUGGUGCUGCCUCUCCCCAAGCUCCUCUUCGCCCCGAAUGCAGGUACAAAAGCCUUAGAAGGCAGGGAGGGGCUGCAGGGGCUGUAAGGAAACCCACUUGCUUUAAAAUUAAGUAUUUGGUGGUGGCGGGAUUAGAAGCAGUACCAGUGAGGUGUUAUUCUCUCCACUUUGGAGAGGCUUUUCUUGCAAGCAGCGUUUAAUGUCUAACGGUUUGUGUCUGCCCUAAUCAUGGGCUGCAAAGGACCUUAAACCCUUAAACAUGGGUAAGUUUCAGCUGCCUGGGGAAGGCUGGGAGUUGAAGUCUGCAUAUUUUAAAGUUGCCCAGGUUGAAAGAUCCUUCUGGGUCAGGGGUCUGCAAACUCGGCAAUUUAAGACUUGUGGGCUUCAGCUCCUGGAAUUCCUCAGCCAGCCGUCCUCGACAGUGUAUGUUGUGGAGCACACGGUCAGCACACCAAAGCUACCUGCUGGCCACUCCACCAGACUCUCUUAUGAAAACGACCUCCUCCCCAAAUUCAAGCAAGUCUCUUGGGCUUUCUUUCAUUUAAAGCAGUGUUUCUCAACCUCAGAAACUUUAAGAGGGGUGGGCUUCCAACCCCCAGCCGGCUGAAGGAUUCUGGGAGUCAAGGUCCACCCAUUUCAAAGUUGCUGAGGUUGAGAGACACUGGAAAAGGAUGAUGGGAGGUGAGUCCUGGAGAGAGAGGUGGUUGGCAAUUUCAGUAGGACUAGGAAUUUGGGAUGGGUGGGGAAAACGUUCCCCAAAGUACACAUCUCACGGGCCCCAAAUCAGCCCUCCGUGGAAGCAAAGCUGGACCUGUGCAAUUUUUAGCCCUUACUGGCUUUGCCCAGCUUAAUUUCUUUUGGAUGUCCUAAGAUUUCUCAACGUUAGUUUAUUUUCAAUAGGAGAGCAUUUCUCCAGAUGUGCCACAUCUGGGCUUGAAUGCACGCUUCAAGCUCAGCCUUUGGGGUUGCUGGUGGCCUUUGGAGGGGGUGGUUGACGGGGUCCGGGAUGGCCAAAGGAGACUUCCUCCCUCUCCACAGAAGACUUCACAACUCUACCACAAUGCAGUUGUGGCAUAGCCAAGAAAAAUAAGGUAAAUUUGGUUGAAUGUAAAGUGAAUCCUCCCCCCCCCCCCAAAAAAAAAUUCCUUUGAGCUGCUGAAAAAGAAUCUGUAAAUCUGUUAUGAGCUGGGUUGUUUCCCCCCCCCCCCGACUUGCUAAAAUACCAAGAUAGUAAGCUUAAGAAGGAGGGGCUGCUCCUGGUGUUGACGGACAAGGCUCUCUGCAAAAUGAGAUGGCUGGUGUGAGAACCGGAGCAGGGCCUGGAGGGGUUAGGGUUAGCUGCCCCCCUGCAGCCGAACGGUGAUCAAAAUGCUUGGCACUUCAGCAAGAGGAAGGGCAGAACCCCCUCGGUGCCACCCCCUGCCGAACUCACCUGUGACGGAGGAGCUUUUCCUAUUAGCACGAUUCCAAGCACCACUUUUAAUCACUACUGAACUGAGAUUUCAUUCCAUUCUUUCGCCAGACCAGUUAAUUCUCAGGCGGGGCAACUUUCAGCUAGGUCAGUGUUUCCCAAACUUGACAAUUUACUGGCUGUGGAAUUCUGGGAGUUGAAGUCCACAUGCCUUAAAAUUGUCAAGUUUGGGAAACACUGACCUAGCUUGACUUCAACCUCCAAAGAGAGAGUGUAGCUGGCUGGGGAACUGUGGGAGCCGAAACUUUGCCUGAGAAACUCCAUUUUGGACAUCUUCCUUUGAUGUAAUGGUACGCUGAUUUAAUAGGUUUCUCAUUCAAAUUAUCGAGAAUCUGUAGGGAGCACUGCUGAAGUAUUCUCAGGAAGCUGUAGCUAUUAGCUAAAGGAUUCUCCCAACUUGGCAACUUUGAAGACUUCAACUCCCCGGCUGGGGAAUUCUGGGAGUUGAAGUCCACAAGUCUUAAAAGUUGCCAAGUCUGGAGAAUCCCUGAGCUAAACCACGCCACAUAGACUUUUUAUGGGAAUGGGGGGGGGCAGGUGGGGGGAAUAAGGCUGAGAGGAAAUCAACCAGAGCAACCUAAAAUAAGGAUUCUUUUAUUGUCCAGCUGAGAGUUAAUUCCGAGGUCCCUAAUAUGGUGCCUGCCUUUUCAGUAUGGAGUUUGAAUGUAUUUGUGUACAGUACAUUAAAGCUGGUUUCAGUUUUGCACUGUGAGAAGUCUUUAAAAGUGUAAUUAAAGUUUUUAUUAUUUAUUUGAUCUUUUUUUGUGGAGGGCUUUCGUUUGUGCAGUUAAGGUGAAGAGAACUGGCAGGUAUUGUCCUAAGAUGUUCCCAGGAGUCCCCCAGGGACCACCCGAGAAGGUGAGAUUCAAAGACACCAUUCACAAAGCACUAUGAGGGGAACCAGCAUUCAGGAGAAUGAGUGAACAUGGAUUUUAAGAAAAGAAAAGGCAUUAUUUUACUAUUUGUGACAUACCUGGAAAAGAAUCCAGAGCAGGUGAUUCCAAAACUACAGACACAAGUCAUUUAAAAGUAGAUUUUGUUGCACAUACAGCCUUCAUCCUUUUGUCUAAUGGAGGAAAUCCUUUUGGUGAUCAAAAAGGGAAAUGUGUAGGGUUUUUUAAUUUAUUAUUUUAUUAUCUGGUGGAUUUUUAAUAUUCUGUAAACUGCCUGAAGUCACCUAUGUGUGAGUUGGGCAGCUAUAUAAAUUUGUUUAAUAAAUAAAAUGCUCAGGCGUGA